AAGAGGCAGCGGCGGGUCCCGACACGGGGAGGGGCUGCUGGCUCCCCUCGGCAGCCCGUGAGGGGCGAGGAGGCAGCAGGACGGCGCGCCUGAGCGGUCAGACGCCCGCUUGAGGUUUCCUCAGCAUCUUCAGCCCUGAAGAGCCAGCGGGGCAGGUCAAGAGAGAGGAGCCGACGAGGUCUCCGGGCGCCCCGGCGGGCAGGGCUGGGUCCUGGGCGGCCUCCUCCAGAGCUCACCUUUCUGGCAGCUGUCAGAAUCAGGACAGAGGAGCAGGUCAUUCAUACAUACAUUACAUGAGGCAAGGAACCUUUGUAGGAAGAAAAAUGAUCACGAGCGAGGAAGAGAGAGACAUAAUGAAAAGUAAAUUAGGAAUCCAUCAUCAAGAAAAAAAUUCAGAAAAAUGGGGAAAAGCCUAGGAUAGAGAUCUGUGGUCCUGCAUUCAAUUGACAGAGAACAAAAUUUAUCUUCUUGUGAGGAUGGGACUGGAAAUGAAUCUUGUAUUAAGGAAUGAAUAUCAACCUUCAUUCUGGUCUCGCUCAAGAAAACUGCUGACGGAGCCCAUGAAAAAAAGAAGUUUCAGGGCAAAGCAGGAGUAGACCCUGCACCAUGGCAGAGAAGUGUGAUUACAUUGCAAGCGUCUACGGUUAUGAUCUGGGUUGCCGAUUCAUCAACUUCAGGCCGUUGGGCUUUGGUGUGAAUGGCCUGGUUCUAUCUGCAGUCGACAGCAAGAGCUGCUGCAAAGUCGCCGUGAAGAAGAUCGCCAUCAACGAUGCGCAGAGCUUGAAGCAUGCUUUCCGGGAGAUCAAGAUAAUCCGCCGAUUGGAUCACGACAACAUUGUGAAGGUCUACGACGUCUUAGGGCCCAAAGGGGCGGACCUCCAAGGAGACCUGUUCAAAUUCAACAUGGUGUACAUCAUCCAGGAAUACAUGGAGACGGAUCUGGCCCGUCUGUUGGAGCAAGGACCACUUUCAGAAGAACACGCCAAACUUUUCAUGUACCAGCUGCUCAGGGGCCUGAAAUACAUCCAUUCCGCCAAUGUCUUACAUAGGGAUUUAAAACCAGCCAACAUUUUCAUCAAUACAAAUGACCUGGUGUUGAAGAUUGGUGACUUUGGACUGGCCCGAGUUGUGGACCAACAUUACUCACACAAGGGUUACCUGUCCGAAGGCCUGGUGACCAAAUGGUAUCGAUCUCCCCGCUUGCUCCUUUCGCCCAACAACUACACCAAAGCUAUUGACAUGUGGGCAGCUGGCUGCAUCCUGGCAGAGAUGCUUUCGGGAAAGAUGCUUUUUGCUGGAAGCCAUGAGUUGGAGCAGAUGCAGCUCAUUUUAGAAACAAUCCCUGUUUUCCAUGAAGAGGACAAGGAAGAACUUCUCAAAGUGAUGCCAACUUUCAUCAAUAGCACCUGGGAAGUGAAACGUCCCUUACGGAAGCUUCUUCCUGAAGUCAACAGCAAAGCUAUUGACUUUUUGGAAAAGAUAUUGACAUUCAAUCCAAUGGACCGGUUGACAGCAGAGAUGGGCCUUCAGCAUCCUUUUAUGAGGCCAUACUAUUGUCCUGAGGAUGAACCUGUUUCUCAGCACCCUUUCCGGAUUGAGGAUGAGAUUGAUGACAUUUUGUUGAUGGAAGCUAAUCACAGCCAGAUGUCCAACUGGGACAGGUACCAAGUAAGCUUAUCCUCGGAUUUGGAAUGGCGACACGAAAAAUGCCACGAUUUGGACGAGGUGCAACGAGAUCCCCGCGCGGGAUCUGAAUCUACCGUCGAGGAAGCCCAAGUGGAUCCCCGCAAAUAUUCGCAGAGUAGCUCGGAGAGAUUUUUGGAGCAAUCGCAUUCCUCCAUGGACCGAACGUUUGAAGGAGACUCCGGGCACUCCUGUGAUUAUAAGGUCGGCUCGCCUUCUUACUUAGACAAGUUGUUGUGGAGAGACAACAAGCUCCACCAUUAUUCCGAACCCAAGCUCAUCCUAGAUUUGUCCCAUUGGAAAAGAGCGUCUAUCGCCCCCGAGCCAGAGAUAACUCUAGAGGAGGAACCGUCCAACCUUUUCCUAGAGAUCGCGCAGUGGGUCACAAGCACCCAGACUGGGCUCGACUGUCCCAACGCUCUUCCGGAGAUUCAGGAGCGGAGUUUGCCGUCUUCUCCUCCGCGUCUCCACAAAGAACCCAAGGAAGUCGACAAGAAAACUGACUCUCAGUUUGACUUGGAUGUCUUCAUUUCCAGAGCCUUAAAACUUUGCACAAAGCCGGAGGAUCUGCCCGAUAACAAACUCAAAGACAUCAACGGAGCUUGUUUAGCAGAACACCCAAAGGAAAUUGUUCAGACAGAAGGGUUUCAUAAAGAGAGGUGGUAAAUAAAGGAACAGAAGUUGGCUUAUACCAGUAUCCAUGGUUAUUCUCCUCUAAAAUUCAGAUUUAACAUGGUACCCACAUAGUGAUUGGAUUGUAACCCAGAUUUGAAUGCCCAUGGAACAACUCCUUAUCUGAUCAUUGUCGGAAGGCCUUCAACUUAAAGGCAAGCACAAAUCCAAGGUCUUGUGUUUCUAUGCCUUGGAAGCCAACCUAAAAAGUAAUCUGGGGGUGUGAAUGAAAUACUGAUUUUUUUUUUUUAAUAUACUGCCUUAACAGUCUUGCCUUUACCUGUGGACGUCAGUUUUCAGUGCAGAAAAAUCCUGAAAUCCAAAGGAUGCUAUUCUGUUCAUUGUACGUUUUUUUUUUCCUGUUAUGAGGUUCUGUUAGAGACCUUCCUAUCGAAAACCAGGCACUUUGGUUUUGGAAGUAUAUGAUCCAUACUGGCCUGGCACCUUUCCUGAAAGCCCAAAGAUUAUUUCUUGCUUCUGUCAUCCUGGACAGAAGGCUGGACAGAAUUACCACCCAUUAGCCAUACCACCCAUUAGCCAUCCAUAACCAAGCAACCUCCAAGUUCACCCCCUUGCAAAAUUCAGAAUUCCCACCUGAACGCAUCUUUGGGAAAUCUAGAUAUUGCAACCAUAACUCAUGCAGCCCUAUAUUGAGAAAUGCCAAAUUACAGAAUGAAACAUUGGCUUAGAGGCAUGACCUUACUGAUUAAUUAGUUGACGGCUCAGCUGAGAGCCGCAAUGAGACAUUUUGCCAUAUAGGUAGUCCUCGACUUACGAAAGUUCAUUUAGUGACAGUAUGAAGUUACAGGGGCACUGAAAAAUAUGACUUAUGACUGUUUUUCACAUUGGACCUUUGCAGCAUCCCAUUGGUCACGUAUUCGGAUGCGUGGCAACUGGCUCAUAUUUAUGACCGUUGCAGUGUCCCGGGAUCGUGUGAUCACCUUUUGCAACCUUCUGAUUAGCAAAGCCAAUGAUUCAUUUAACAACAACUGGAAAGAAAGGUUGUAAAAUAAGCCAGAAUUAACUUAACUGAGCCCUAGUGGCACAGUGGUUAAAAAGUGUAGUAUUGCAGGUAAACUCUGCCCACUGCCUGGAGUUCAAUCCUUGACGAGCUCCAGGUGGACUCAUCCUUCCAUCCUUCAAAGGUUAGUAAAAUGAGGACCCAGAUCAGGGAUGAAAUGCUCCCGGAUUGGACCGGAUUGCCUGGUCCAGUAGCGAUCUUGGUCGGUGGUUCGGUGAUCUGGUAGCGAUGGCGGAGCAAAGCUCCGCCCACCCGCCCGGGUGUCAUUACUUCCUGGUUCCUUUUAACCAGGAAGUAAUGUGUUUUUUACCUUCUGUGCAUGCACAGAAGGUUUGCGCAUGCGUAGGUCUGUGCAUGCACGUGCCGCAUGUGCUCGAACGAAGUUAGUGCGGGCGCGGCGCGGGCGCUUCCAAACUGGUAAGGAAGGUAAGUAGAUUUCACCCCUGACCCAGAUUGUUGGAGGGGGGGAAACUCUGAUAUUGUAAAGCACCCAGAGAAUGCUGUAAAGGACUGUGGGGUGGUAUAUAAGUAAAUGCUAUUGCUUUUAACAACUAUUUCACUUAGGAGCAGAAAUUUAGGGCUGAAUUGUGGUUGUAAGCCAAGGACUAUCUCUAUAGCUCCUGCUCAUAGUUGUGGCACAAUACCAGUUUGUUAGUGAGGGACUCUUAAUUGAUUAGGACAGGGAUUCUCAUCCUGUGGCCCCAGUGGUGGGUUGCCCCCGGUUCGGCCCGGUUCACAAGAACUGGUAGUAAAACUGGUGGGAGGCCCCCACCCACCACUCCAGAUGUCAUCAUCAGUGAUUUGCGCAUAUGCAGAAGCAAGGCGCGCGAGCAAGUAAAGCGAUCACACGCACGCCAUCCCGUUGCGAACCGGUAGUAAAGGUAAGUAGAACCCACCACUGUGUGGGCCACAAGUAGGGGUGAAAUCCAGCAGGUUCUGACAGUUUCUGGAGAACUGGUAGUGGAAAUUUUGAGUAGUUCGGAGAACCGGUAGCGGAAAUUUUGAGUAAUUCAGAGAACUGGCAAAUACCACCUCUGGCUGGCCCCAGAGUGAGGUGUGAAUGGAGAUUUUGCAAUAUCCUUCUCCUGGAGUGGGGUGGGAAUGGAGAUUUUGUAGUAUCCUUUCCCUGCCACGCCCACCAAGCCACGCCCACAGGACCAGUAGUAAAAAAAUUUGGAUUUCACCAUUGGCCACAGCCCAGUACUGAGCCGCGGCUGAUUUGGAAGUGGGCCAUGCAAGCAGCGAGUAAGCACACGGGCACACGCAGUUCCAUUUGCUCAAGUGACAGGUGCUCGUGCAAAAAGGUGUGCACGCAACCACCGCUUGUGUAAAUGGAUCUGCGCACACACCUACGGCUUGCACACAACCUUCCCCUCCCCCCCCCGGUCUGUAACACCCCUAAACGAGGAGCUAUAUGCAGGGGGUUAUCUGCUACCUUCAUUUGCUAGAAAUAUCAGUGUCCACAUAGUUAAUCUUGUCCUGUCUUAAUUAAGGUAGGUGGGUUAGACCAGUAAAUAUUUUUUUAACUGUUUAAAUGAAAGCUAGCACGCUGCAAAGCAGAACACCAACUUUUAGCAUUAUCUAUGGUUAGCAAACCUCCAUAAGAAAUAAAGAUGUGUGGCUAUGACCCAGAGGUUUAUUUUAGUCGCAAAAGUUAGUCACGUGACUCCAGGACUCUGCAAGGGUCAUAAAUAUGAAUCAGUUCUCAAGCAUCCAAGUGUAAAUCAGGUGACCGUGGGGAUCCUGCAAUGGUCAUAAGUCUGAAAAACGGUCAUAAGUCACUUUUUUUAGUGUCGUUGUAACCUCGAAUAGUCAGUAAAUGAACUGUUGUAAGUCAAGGACUACCUGUACCAGAACAAUUAGUGCUGCUGUGACCUGCUAGUAAAAAAUCCCAAAAUCCCACAUAUGUACCUGUAUAAGUAAACAGAUCAGAUUAACAGAUUUGGAAGGGACCAUGUAGGUCAUCUAGUCCAACCCCCCGCCCAAGCAGGAGACCCUACACCAUUUCUGAUAGAUGGCAGUCCAAUCUCUUCUUGAAAGCUGCCAGUGAUGAAGCUCCCGCAACUUCCGAAGGCAACUUCUGUUCCAUUGGUUGAUUGUUCUCCCUGUCAGAAAAUUUCUUCUGAUUUCCAGGUUGAAUCUCUCCUUGUUCAGUUUCCAUCCAUGAUUCCUUGUCUGGCCUUCAGUUGCUUUGGAAAAUAGGUUGAUCCACUCCUCUCUGUGGCAGCUCCUCAAAUAUUGGAACACUGCUAUCAUGUCUUCCCUGGUCCUUCUCUUCACCAGACUAGCCAUGUCCAGUUCCUGCAACUGUUCAUCAUAUGCUUUAGCCUCCAGUCCCCUCAUCAUCUUUGUUGCUCUUCUCUGCACUUUUUCUAGAGUCCCAACAUCAUUUUUAUAGUGUGACCAAAACUGGAUGCAGUAUUCUAGAUGUGUCUUCCUAAGGCUUUAUAGAGUGGUAUUAGUACCUCACUUGAUCUUGAUUGUAUCCCUCUGUUAAUGCAGUUUAGGAUUGUGUUGGCUUUUUUGGUUGCCGCUGCACACUCCUGGCUCAUAUUUAACUGGUUGUCCACUAAGACUCCAAGAUCCCUCUCACAGUCACUGCUAUUAAGCCAGGUUCCCCCUAGUCUAUAGUGGGUGAAACAGUAAGGAGGGAAGACAGAGAAUGUUUCUGCAUAUAUAUGGGAGAGAAGGGUGAAUGUGUAUGAGAGAGAGAAAUUGCAGGUUUGGUGAAUGCACAUCCAUCUUUCAUUGACUCAGCUUUUUUUUUUUAGUUGGAGGUAUAUUUUGUAAAAAAAAAAAGAAAAAGAAAAAGCCCACCUAUCUUUUCUUCAGGGGGGAUUUGUAGGAAUUAGGGAGAACCUCUAGCUAAGAUUCUGUGCAGUUCAGAGAACCUCCAAAUCCCACUCCUGGCUGGCCGUGCCCACCCCUCCCUUGCCAGGAGUCCCCACGUGUCCCAUUUUGGAUGCAGGUAAGUGCAGUGUUUGCGCAGAGGCUCGGGGAGGACGAAAAACGGGCCUACCGGAAGUUCGGGAAGGCCGGAAACGGGCCCGUUUCUGGCCUCCAGAGCAUGGGGAGGCUGUUUUUGUCCUCCCAGAGGCUCGAGGAAAGCCUCCGGAGCCCGGGAAGGGCAAAAAGCCCCCCCCCCCCCCCCGCGUGGUACAGGAGGCUGACUAGGCCACACCGACCAUGCCCAUUCAGCAACCAGGCAGAGAACGCCUUGCUAAAAUUUUUGAAGCCCACCCCUGCCUUUCCUAUGUUAUAACCUCCUUUUCUAGCUUAUUUUCUUUGCCAUUCUUUGCCAUUCACCAACCAUUUUGUGAAGUUUUUGAGUCUCCCUGGUGUCUCCUCAAAAUUCCAGACGCAACCGCCAUCUAUAGAAGGCUGCGGUUUUCCCGUUUGUAUAAAAUGCCAUCCGGCAACUUGAUAACUAAUGGACAUUGCAAGUUAAUACCGGUAAUUAUUAUCCUGGCUAAAGGUUCAUCGAACUUUUUUGGAGAAUCAGUGCAGACAGAUAGCAAUUAAAAUUAAAAUUUUAAAUUUAAAUGCUCCGUUGUUAUGGCAUGUUGAAUUUGUCUAGAAGUUGGCUUUGAUACACCCAAAAAGUGUUUUGAUAAAAUGAGAAUUAGGCUAAGAGUUUGAAUAUUAGUGAUAGUUAGGUCUACUGUUUAUCAACCUUGGCAACUUUGAGAUGGGUGGACUUCAACUUCCAGAAUUCCCCAUCCAGCUGGGGGAUUCUAGGAAUUGAAGUCCAUCCAUCUUAAAAUCGCCAAGAUUGAAAAACAGUGGUCAGGUUGGAAAAUCAAAGUUCUGAAAUAGAAAUAUGUUUGGCACCGAGGCUGGUAGCUAUCUAUCUGGCACACAUUUUAAGAAGUACAUUCAUAACAGUUUCCCAGAAUUAUUCAAAACCAAACUUAUGUCCUUUUGCCACAAUUGUUUUACACUGAGGUGUUACUACAAGGUACAAUUAAAUUUUCAAAGAAACUUGCAUACUUAAAUAAGCAAACAAUGAAUCUGUUUCAUUCACAUUUCUGCGCACCUUAUUAAUUGGUUGAGUUUAAUGCAUCUAUUGAAGAAGUUAUUUACUUCGAAUUAACCACUUGAUAAUUUUUUUUAGAAAAUAUUGAAAACCUGUAAAUAGUAUGUACUUUGCUUUUUUAAAAAAGUUUAUUGGCAUCUUUUUGAAAAUUGAUUUAAUAUCUCCUGUUCAAAUGGGAAAAAAAAUGUAGCUUGCUGAUUAUUUAGCUUUUAAAGCACACAGAUAUUUACUUCUGCUGGAUGCAUAGUUGAGGAAAUAUCUUUUAGCAGGAAUGUUCAAAAUAUGGUACGAUUUCAAACAUCAUUGGAGCAGUAGCAGAAAAGAAUAAUAUAUUUUGCUUGUACUGUGAAUUUUUUUAUAUUGUGGAACAGACAUGGCUAUCCAGAAUAUUAUUUCUUUUUAAAAGAAAGUGAGGGGAAAAAAAUCUUUUUUUUUUUUUUGUGAUGAGAAAGGAGGAAUGUGUAUAAAUGAAGGAAAAUUAAAAAUAAAGAAUGGUACAAUGUCUUCUAUUAAUAACCAAUGUUUCUAAUGUUUCUCUAAUAUAGUUACAGUUUUAGCUUUGUGGCCUGGAUUAUAAGAGCAUGUAGUAUUUAUUGGAUCAGGAUGAAAACAUUGUUCUUUGCAUGUCUAUGGAGAUUCUCAGUCAUGCAGGUCAUGGUUGUCCCAAAGGUGGUUUUUCAAAAAAAGAAACUGGAUUUUGGUUUUUUCCUUGAAAAAGUUUCGCUUCUUAUCCAAGAAGCUUCUUCGGUUCUGACUGAAUGGUGGAGAAUGGAAGGACUCAGCAGUCCAGCAGCAGAAGAGUGGUGGUGGCACAAUGGUUAGAAUCAAUGGUGGGUUGCUACUGGUUCGCCCCGCAUUGCGCGAACCCGGCAGCGGUGGCAGGAGACUCCGCCCACUGCCCGGACGCUUCUGUGCAUGCUCAGAAGCGUUGCGCGCACUCACGAGUAUGCACGCAUCCAUGAGUAAACCGGUAGCGACGGGUUUUGAAACCCACUACUGGUUAGAAUGCAGUAUUGCAGGCUAACUCACUGUUCACAGCCGGGAGUUCAAUUCUGACCUGCUCAAGGUUGACUCAGCCUUCCAUUCUUCAAAGAUCGGUAAAAUGAAGACCCAGAUUGUUGGAGGCAAUAGGCCGACUCUGCUUAGAGUGGGUUGUAAAGCACCGUGAAGCGGUAUAUAAGUCUAAAUGCCAUUGCUUAGACAAGGUCACUCUUUUUUAACAGAUUAACAGACUUGUAAGUCAUCUAGUCCAAUCCCCUCCUGCCCAAUUGGGGACCCUACACAAUUUCUGACAGAUGACAGUUCAGUCUCUUCUUGAAAGCUUCCAGUGAUGAAGCUCCCACAACUUCUGAAGGCAAGCUUGAAGAUAGCAAAGUCCUCAUUCUGGACAGAGAGGACCACUAGUUUGAAAGAGGGGUGAAAGAUGCCAUCUAUGUCAAUCUCUCUACAUGGGGCUCCCCUUGGGGUGCACCCGGAGGCUCCAGUUGGUCCAGAAUGCGGCCACGCGGGGGAUUAUGGGAGCGACGGGGCGCUCCCAUGUGACACCUCUCCUGCGUGAGCUGCACUGGCUUCCUGUGGUCUUCCGGGUGCGCUUCAAGGUGUUGGUGACCACCUUUAAAGCGCUCCAUGGCUUAGGGCCGGGGUAUCUAUGAGACCGCCUUCUGCCUCCCACCGGCCAGUUCGCUCACACAGAGAGGGCCUCCUCAGGGUACCGUCAGCCAGACAAUGUCGGCUGGCGACCCCCAGGGAGAGAGCCUUCUCUGUGGUGGCAGCUGCCCUCUGGAACGACCUACCCCCAGAGAUACGCACGAUACCAGACCUCUGGACUUUUCGUCGGGCCCUGAAAACACUUCUAUUUCAUCUAGCCAGGCUGGCUUGAUCCCAUCCUUGCGGUUUUAAUUUGUAAUUGGUUUUAACUGGGUUGUUUUAAAUUGAUGGCCAAAAUUAUUUAAUGUCUUUUAAACUGCUUUUAAAUUUUAUAUGUUGUGUUUUACCGUGGCUGUUCACCGCCCUGAGUGGGGCUGGAGAAGGGCAGUAUACAAAUAAAAAUAAAUAAAUAAAUAAAUAAAUAAAUAAAUAAAUAUUGAACAGCCCUCUGUCAACAGAGGGAGAGGGAUAUGGCAUCAUCUAUCUCCAAUCUACAAUACAGUCCUUUCUACAGUUUCCAGAAGGUUCCACACCCAUUUGCACUCUUCAGGUGACCCUGAGGCACAGAUGAACCUCCAAAUGGCCUCAGCAACUCUCAGGAAGAGUGCUAACAACCAGAUGACUGCAAGGAAUAUAAAUCCUUCCAUCCUUCACCAUUCAGUCAGCACUGAAGAAGCUUCUUGGAUGAGAAGCGAAACGUGUUUAAGCAAAAACAGAGAAAGUUCAGUUGCCUCUAAGUUCGAUUUUUGACCUUCGGGUCAAUUAUUCUUUGCAGCUGAACUGCAUAUUCAGAAUAUAUACAUAUAUAUAUAUAUAUAAAUUAAAAAUAAAUAUAUAUAAUGAAAUUGCUGGAAAAAGAUACAGAUUUACAGAUGUCAGGACAUUCCCUCUGAUCUGCAUUGCUCGCUUUAAGUAGAGAUGACCCAGAGGAACUGUUGAGGAAAAUAUGUAAAACGUUUUCAGGUGUUUAGACAUGGUCUAAAAAGAGCAGGGGUGCUGUGGCUCAGUGGCUAAGACGCUGAGUUUGUCGAUCGAAAGGUCGGCAGUUCAGUAGUUUGAAUCCCUAGUGCUGCGUAAUGGGGUGAGCUCCCGUUACUUGUCCCAGCUUCUGCCAAUCUAGCAGUUCAAAAGCACAUUAAAAAAAGGCAAGUAGAAAAACAGGGACCACCUUUGGUGGGAAGGUAACAGCGUUCCAUGCGACUUUGAUGUUUAGUCAUGCCGGCCACAUGACCACAGAGGCAUCUUCGGACAGUGCUGGCUCUUCGGCUUUGAAACGGAGAUGAGCACCACCCCCUAGAGUCGGGAAUGACUAGCACAUAUGUGCGAGGGGGACCUUUACCUUUAAAAAGAGCAAAAUGAAAAAAAAAAAAUCUGGAAUAAACGUUUGAAAGUAUUAAUAUACCUCAAUCAUCGCAGAAAAAUGUAAACAAAAAACCCCUGUCAUGAACCUACUUCAAAUUUUGAUAAAAUGGUCGCAGUAUCCAUCAGUUUAUAAUUUCCUUUGGUUCGACAAUUUGUUUAAGCGUGAAUAAUGUACUAACCAAAUUAACCAAAUUUACUGUAUGCGUGGAUUGCUGUGAAGGACCUCAAAUCUGGAGGAGGUGGCUCUUGGUCAUCUUACAAGCAUCCUGAGGCUCCCUUCCAUUGGACAACCUUCUAAUAUGUUAUUACUGUGACAUCUAACUUUGCUUAUAUUGUGGUAAUUCCAACCCGUCUAGAAGGUCCUUAAUUGUAGACUCUCUGGCAAAGUCUAAAGUUUUCUAUAAGCUUCCAGAAUUGAACCAAAUCUAUUUGGGCUAACUUUAAUCAUUGUAAUUACUAUACCACACUUUAGGUAGUCCUCGACUUACAACAGUUUGUUUAGUGACCAUUCAAUGUUAAAACGGCACUGAGAAAAGUGACUUAUGGCCAUAUUUCACGCUUAUGUCCAUUGCACCAUCCCCGUGGUCACAUUAUCAAAAUUCAGAUGCUUGGCAACUGACUCAUAUUUAUGACGGUUGCAUUGUCCCUGGGUCAUGUGAUCAACUUUUGGGACCUUCUGACAAGCAAAGUCAAUGGGGGAAGCCAGUCUCACUUAACAACCGUGUUGCUAACUUAACAACUGCGGUGAUUCACUUAAUGACUUAAAAUGGGGCAAAAUUCACUUAACAAGUGUCUCACUUAACAACCGAAAUUUUGGGCUCAAUUGGGGUCGUAAGCCGAGGACUACCUGUACCCUGUUUCUUGUAAAAAGAAAAAUGAAAUAAAAACAAAAUUCAGGGAGGGGUUUGUAGAAAGGUGUUCUCAGUUUAUUUGAAUAUGAUGAAUAGCUUGAUAUACUAGUCGCCUAAUUUGAAGAUGGCUGAGAUGCAUAGACUGCUCUAUGCAUCUCUUCUCUGGCUUAUGUACUGAAAAAUACAGACUUGAGACAAAAGCAUCUCCAAAGACAAAAUUUGUCCAGGAUUUUUUUUUUUUCUAAGAUCAAUUCAGAUGAUACUUGUAUUUAUGGUGAACACUUGAAUCCCCUGGAUGUAUUAUGUACCUCUCUAUUUCAUUUUGUAAUCAUAGUUGAAUCCUGGAAAAAUACUCCCACAAUAAAUCAGACAUAAAGCUAGCAUAAAGUUGUGGGCAUUUAAAAUGAAUAAGUGAAAGUUCUUUGUACAAAUCAAAAUAUAUAUGUUCUUAAAUUAAAAUAUUAUUGUAAA